AUGGUUGUGGCUAAGAAGGCCAAUGAGUCAUUUGCUCAGGCGAAGGGUCCUUUAGAUGCUCGAACUACUAGUCCAAAAGUUAAUAAGCCUAGCUCUGUAUGGGAUACGUAUGUGUCUGACCAGCUCAUGACGAGCUUUCUAUCGAGCCUGUUUAUUUGCACCAAGCUGGCCAUCCAAAACUUGUUUGUUGUUGCCUCAUCUUCUGUUCAGCUCAAGGAGUUGGAGAAGAAGAAUGUUGAUCUGAUUGGUAUGCUCUUGACCGAGCAGGCCCGCCAUGAGACCAAGAUGUCCGACUUAAAGAAAAGCAUGUUUGUGCUGAAGAGUUCCCUUGCUAAAAAAAUAGCAAACUUAACUCUUCUGCUACUGCCUUGCAUGAGCAAAAAGAGGCUUACUUCAGUCUCGAGCAUAACAUGCUGA